CGUCCGUCCCCCGCUUCCUCUCUUUCCAAGCUUUUUCAGCAAAUCUCCCCCCGCAUGCUAUUUCUCUUUAAAUUAGGAUGAUGAUGAUGAUCAUGAUCCUUAUCGGCCGGCGCUUUCUCAUGAUUCAGAGCUUCGAAAAGUUUUUAAAGUAACAAGAGAUUCGACAUCAGUUUGAGUUUGUCCCUUUCUCAGCUAUGAAACGUGAAAUUACAAACUGACCCACUUUCGAGAGAGAUGGAUAGGAAUGAAUCUGAUCUUCAUAAUUAUUCAAAAUCUCAAAUCCCUUUGCCCGUUUCUCGAAUCGUUGCUGCUGUUACUAACCAAAGCCCGAGAUUAUCCGGAAGUUCAGAAUCAGUCGUUUCCGUCUUGCAAAACCCAUGUUCCUCUUCCGCUUCCCUUUCGGCAUCUCCCAUUUCCAUUCAUAAGAGAAACCCAAUCGUGGGUUUUAAUAAUAAUAAUAAUACUCUAGAAAACCCACGAUUGGAGAAACAGAUUUUCCCAGAAUGUAUCUCUGUUUCUAAACGAAGGAACAGGAGAAGGGUCUGUUUCAGAUGCGGAAAAGGGAAGUGGGAGAUUAAGGAAUCGUGUCUCGUUUGCGACGCAAAAUACUGCGCCAACUGUGCGUUAAAGGCGAUGGGAUCGAUGCCGGAAGGUCGUAAAUGUCUGUCUUGCAUUGGCGAACCAAUUGACGAAACUAAAAGAUCCAAACUUGGUAAACCUACUAGGGUCUUGUCACGAUUGAUUAGCCCGUUAGAAGUGAAGCAGAUUAUGAAAGCUGAGAAAGAGUGUCCUGCGAAUCAGCUUCGGCCAGAGCAGAUAACUGUAAAUGGGUUUCCUCUUAAGCCGGUAGAGAUGUCUGAAUUGAUCGAAUGUUCUUUACCACCAAGAAAACUUAAGCCUGGGAAUUACUGGUAUGACAAAGAAUCUGGCUUUUGGGGAAAGGAAGGAGAGAAACCAGAUCGCAUUAUAAGUUCCAACUUAAACUUCACAGGAAAGCUUAAUCCUCGUGCCAGCCAUGGAAAUACUGAAGUUUUUAUGAAUGGUAGAGAAAUUACUAAACUUGAACUCAGAGUGUUAAAGCUCACAAUGGUGCGAUGUCAAAGGGACACCCAUUUCUGGGUUUAUGAUGAUGGUACAUAUGAAGAAGAAGCAAAUAACAAAAUCAAAAGGAACAUGUGGAGAAAGGCAUCUACCAGGUUUCUUUGUAGCUUGUUUUCUUUGCCUGUUCCUCAUGGGCAGCCUCGUAAAGACGACGAGCCAAGCAGUUAUACUACAAUCCCAUAUUCCCUGGACCAGAAAAAUAAUAAGAAGAAGAUUCAGAAGCUUCUUUUGCUUGGGCUUGAGAAUUCAGGAACCAGCACUAUAUUCAAGCAGGCUAAGUUUCUUUAUGGAAAUAAGUUCACUUCAGAAGAAUUGGAAGAGAUUAAGCUUAUGAUUCAGAGUAAUAUGUAUAGAUAUCUUAGCGUUCUGCUAGAUGCACGAGAACGCUUUGAAGAAGAGGCGGUUUCGAAAGCUUUAGAUUCAGAUGGAGAGUGCGUUUAUUCCAUUAACCCGAGGUUGAAGAAUUUCUCCAACUGGCUUCUAGAUAUUAUAGCCACGGGAGACCUAGACGCGUUCUUCCCUGGGGCAACACGAGAAUACGCACCUCUGGUUGAAGAGGUAUGGAAGGAUCCCGCCAUUCAAGAGACUUAUAGAAGAAAAGAUGAACUUCACUUUCUUCCUGAUGUGGCUGAAUACUUCUUAACAAGGGCAAUUGAAAUAUCGAGUAACGAAUAUGAGCCUUCCGAACGAGACAUACUAUACGCAGAAGGUGUCACGCAAAGAAAUGGUUUGGCUUUCAUGGAGUUCUCCUUAGAUGAUCAUAGCCCAAUGUUGGAAACUUACACCGAAAACCAAAUGCCACCACUAACAAGGUACCAACUAAUCAGGGUAAAUGCGAAAGGUAUUAACGAGGGAUGCAAAUGGGUAGAAAUGUUUGAAGAUGUGGGCGUAGUUAUUUUUUGCGUUUCAUUGAGCGAUUACAAUAAAAUGUCGCAUUCCCCUGAAACCGGGGGUGGUAGUGGAUUGCUACUGAGGAACAAGAUGAUUCAGAGUAGAGAACUAUUCGAGGCAGUGAUAGGGCAUUCAUCUUUUAAGAAUAGAUCUUUUGUGCUUGUACUAAACAAAUAUGAUACAUUUGAAGGAAAGGUAAACAAGGUCCCUCUAAGUUGUUGCGAGUGGUUCAAUGAUUUCAGCCCGGUUACAACCCAUCACCAGUCAUUGGCUCAACAAGCUUACUAUUAUGUGGCAACAAAAUUCAAAGAGGUUUACGCUACGACGACUGGGAGGAAGCUUUUCGUGUGGCAAGGACGGGCUAGGGAUCGAGUGAAUGUUGAGGAAGGAUUGAAGUAUGUAAGAGAGGUUGUUAAAUGGGAUGAAGAGAAGGAAGAUGUUAACUAUGGGUUCCAAGAUGAUUCUUUCUAUAGUAUAAAUACUGAUGAUAUGAUCAGCUCUUCGCAAUUUGUUAACUUGUAGACAAAGAGUUGAGAAAAGUGUUAUGUUUGAAAUAGCAUUAAAUAUUCAAUUUUU